GUUGAUACAUUAUUCGUUUUUAGUUUUGUGUGUGGUGAGCCCAAUCCGCUUCUACAUUCGUCCUCUCUCUGUCUCUCUCUCUCUGCUUCUAUCAAUCAAAAAAGCCAUGUCUGCUGCUUCUUCGUCGUCUUCUACAAUGCUGCAGCAGUUUUUCUGUCAUCAUCAGAAGAAAUAAUCACUAGACUCCAAACAAAUACACCAACACCACCUCUUCGUCCAAUCUUCUUGACCAUUACAUAGAAGCACAAAAAGAGUCGGAAUAAACAAAGGAAUUCCCGGCGGAAACAAAAGGAAAUUAAGGGAAGCCAUAUGGAUCUGCUCUCCUCGUGCUUCCCCUCGUUAAUCCUCGGCUUUGUUUUGCUACUAAUGUGUAGAGGUGCUUCAGGUGCUGCAUUUACGUUCGUAAACAAAUGUGACUACACAGUGUGGCCUGGAAUCCUUGCCAAUGCGGGCAGUCCAAUGUUAGAUAGCACAGGAUUUGAGCUCCCCACAGGCAGCUCUCGUGCCUUCCAAGCUCCAACCGGUUGGUCAGGCAGGUUCUGGGGCAGAAUGGGCUGUAACUUCGACGCUGCGGGCCAAGGCACAUGCUCCACCGGCGACUGUGGGUCAGGCCAAGUAGAAUGUAACGGCGCAGGCGCUGCUCCGCCCGCAACGCUCGCAGAGUUCACCCUGGGCUCAGGUACUCAAGACUUCUACGACGUAAGCCUGGUGGAUGGUUACAAUCUGCCGAUGAUGGUGGAUGUUAGUGGAGGUACAGGUACCUGCGCGUCGACCGGUUGUGUCACAGACUUGAACAGACAAUGCCCCACGGAGCUGAGGGUGGGAAAUGGGGAUGGUUGUAAGAGUGCGUGUGAGGCCUUUGGUAGUCCCGAAUACUGUUGCAGCGGCGCCUUCAAUGCACCCACGGCUUGUCGGCCGUCGGUAUACUCACAGAUGUUUAAGUCUGCGUGCCCGAGAUCCUAUAGUUAUGCCUAUGAUGAUGCUACCAGUACCUUUACCUGUUCUGGAGCUGAUUAUACCAUAACCUUCUGUCCUUCUUCUGGGACUAGUCUGAAGAACACAAGAGAUUCAACUCCAAUAACGUCAGGAACCACGGCAGACGGUUCAGGGUCCGGGGUAGUUUCACAGUCAGGAACAGAUUCAGGGUCAGGGGCGAGUGCUAUGCUGGCUGAUACAUCAAUGUUAGCAGCGUUGGCCACCGGAGACUCAACCAGAACCCUUUCUUCCACGACACUUCAAUCUACACUCAUCGCCGUAGCAGCCACUGCUCUCAUUUUCCCCUUCCUUUACUUGUAGUCUUCUCUCAUAUCUUCUAUUU